CUCGAGUAUCAACCCGACCUCACGCAUGGCAGACAAUUUUGAGGUUAUUUACAGUACGGCCUACUUAAACAAAAGGUGUAUUUAUACCCAGCCAAGACCUGGAGCUGCUAGAAUCAGGGCAGCCUUCCUCCAACAAGACUGCAGACACAAACAACUCUCUAGUACAGCGAGGCUACGUUUCUUGCGGGUACGUAUACAUUUUUAAAAAUAAAUUCUCUGUUUGAAUGUUUGUAUGCUGAACAUUAACACGAUAUUGUUCUAGAUAGUGGUGUAAUAUUUCAGCUGAGAUUUAGUGUAUUUUCCUUUUUAAGUGUUGUUCCCGUUGAGAUAUGACAGUUGUUAUUUGGAUGCAAUUUUUUUAACUGCUUUUCUGAGUUGUCUUAAAAUAAAGCUUUAUUUUAUCUAGAGGUUCCAACUCCUUGUUGUUUAAAUGCAACACAACUAACACACAACAUAGUUCAAUGAACUAUAACAAUCAAACAUAUGAAAUUUAACAAUCCAAUAUAAAAAAUGAAAUAUAACAAUCGAACAUAACAAUCGAACGACAUAUGACAUAACAAUCGAACGUGUGGAAUUCAACAAUACCAUCUAACAUAUGAACUAUAACAAUGUAGCGUAUGAAAUAUAGCAAAUGGAAAAAAUGACAUAUAACAAUCUAACAUUGCAUAAACUAAAAAUAUUUUACUGUUAAACUUGAAUUUAACUUCGAUAAGAGUAACUGUAUCUUCACAUAAGAGUAACUGUAUCUUCACAUAAGAGUAACUGUAUCUUCGCAUAAGAGUAACUGUAUCUUCACAUAAGAGUAACUGUAUCUUCACAUAAGAGUAACUGUAUCUUCACAUAAGAGUAACUGUAUCUUCACAUAAGAGGAACUGUAUCUUCACAUAAGAGUAACUGUAUCUUCACAUAAGUGUAACUGUAUCUUCACAUAUUAUUGCGAACAUAUUUAUGGGUUUCAGGUUUGCUCACUAGCGAAUUGGCUACAUUGCACAACAUGUUGUCUUGUCACAUUGUAUUGGCUACAUUGCACAACAUGUUGUCUUGUCACAUUGUAUUGGCUACAUUGCACACCAUGUUGUCUUGUCACAUUGUAUUGGCUACAUUGCACAACAUGUUGUCUUGUCACAUUGUAUUGGCUACAUUGCACAACAUGUUGUCUUGUCACAUUGUAUUGACUACAUUGCACAACAUGUUGUCUUGUCACAUUGUAUUGGCUACAUUGCACAACAUGUUGUCUUGUCACAUUGUAUUGGCUACAUUGCACAACAUGUUGUCUUGUCACAUUGUAUUGGCUACAUUGCGCAGCAUGUUGUCUUGUCGCAUUGUAUUAUAGCAGUGAUUCUCAACCUUCCUAAUGCCGCGACCCUUUAAUACAGCUCCUCGUGUUGUGGCGACCCCCAGCGAAAAAUUAUUUUCGUUGCCCCUUCAUAAUUGUAGAGUAUAUCUGUUUUCCAAUGUCUUAGGCGACCCCCGAGGAAGGGUCGCGCGACCCCCAUAGGGGUUGCGACCCGCAGGUUGAGAACCACUGUAUUAUAGGCUACAUUGAGCAACGUGUUGUCUUGUCACAUUGUAUUAUAAGCUACAUUGCACAUCAUGUUGGCUUGUCACAUUGUAUUAUAGGCUACAUUGCACAUCAUGUUGGCUUGUCACAUUGUAUUAUAGGCUACAUUGCACAUCAUGUUGGCUUGUCACAUUGUAUUAUAGGCUACAUUGCACAUCAUGUUGGCUUGUCACAUUGUAUUAUAGGCUACAUUGCACAUCAUGUUGGCUUGUCAAAUUGUAUUAUAGGCUACAUUGCACAUCAUGUUGGCUUGUCACAUUGUAUUAUAGGCUACAUUGCACAUCAUGUUGGCUUGUCACAUUGUAUUAUAGGCUACAUUGCACAACACGUUGUCUUGUCACAUUGUAUUAUAGUCUACAUUGCACAUCAUGUUGGCUUGUCACAUUGUAUUAUAGGCUACAUUGCACAUCAUGUUGGCUUGUCACAAUGUAUUAUAGGCUACAUUGCACAACAUGUUGGCUUGUCACAUUGUAUUAUAGGCUACAUUGCACAACAUGUUGUCUUGUCACAUUGUAUUGGCUACAUUGCACAACAUGUUGGCUUGUCACAUUGUAUUAUAGGCUACAUUGCACAACAUGUAGUCUUUCUCAUUGUAUUGGCUACAUUGUGCAACAUUUUGUCUUGUCACAUUGUAUUGGUUACAUUGCACAACAUAUUUCCUUGUCACAUUGUAUUAUAGUCUACAUUGCGCAACAUGUUGUGUUGUCACAUUGCAUUAUAGGCUACAUUGCACAACAUGUUGGCUUGUCACAUUGUAUUGGCUACAUUGCACAACAUGUUUCCUUGUCACAUUGCAUUAUGGGCUACAUUGUGCAACGUGUUGGCUUGUCACAUUGCAUUAUAGGCUACAUUUUGCAACAUGUUGGCUUGUCACAUUGCAUUAUAGUAUAGGCUACACCGCACAAGGUUUUCACACGCAAAAUGUAUAGAUUAAUUGUAUUUUUCUCAAUUACACGUAGCCUAGUUGUGCAUUGUUAUAAUUUGAGACUGGGUCGUUGGCUUGGCACAUAAGUCAAAGGUCAACAUUUUAUUUUUUACUAAAAACACAUACACACACAAUAAACACACACACACACACACACACACAUUCGACGUCCGCCAAGUUGUUUCCCCUGAUAGUCCUGCAUUGAAGGUGACCUCGUUUGCAAGGGACGGAAAGAUAAUUUGUAUACCAACACAGAUGCGACUGAACUCAAACUUUGCAUGACUUCAGAGCUCAAACUUCACACAGACACCCAUCCAAGUGUCUCUUUUCAUUUGUAUUAAUCUCUAAAAGCUCACACCGUUACACGCAUAUUUAAGAACACUAACUGUGCAUAGAUUCCACGUUUUACAGCGAAUAUGAAAAUACAUUUUUGAUUCUUAGAUUUACAGACCUUGUUUAAUGUGUAUGUUGUUAUUGUAAGUUUAAAAAAAAAAAAAAAAAAACUAAUAGGGAACCACAAGUAUUUAACAUUUAAUUAUUUAAGAACACUAACUGUGCAUAGAUUCCACGUUUUACAGCGAAUAUGAAAAUACAUUUUUGAUUUUUAGAUUUACAGACCUUGUUUAAUGUGUAUGUUGUUAUUGUAAGUUUAAAAAAAAAAAAAAAAAACUAAUAGGGAACCACAAGUAUUUAACAUUUAAUAAAAUUUUGUCCAAAAAGUUUAUAAAUGUUCUUUUAAAUAUACGAACAUAAAUUUGGGAUGAUUUUAAAAUGAUGACAUAUGCCGUAACUCCAUACCAUUGCUGCUGAUUGCUGACAAUAACCUUUUAAAAACAAAAGCACUCGCUUCCCCAACGCAAUGCAUGGCUGACGAUGUCAACUUGUCUUUACAAACUACCUGCAACGAGUUGUUUCGCCGUCUAAGCUUGCCAUGUCUGGACACACAUGUCGUUAUCUCGUCUGAUAACAUGCGUGUGGUAUUUUGACAAGUGACGCACUUGUCCUUGUGACUCCCCCACUCUAUCGGUCAUUGUUGGGUUACAGGGGUCACCCAGGGUGCCCUAAUCUCACAACCUUAAAAUUUAGCUUGGGUAAUGGUGGAAGCUGACAGAUUCGCUUGUUAUUUUUGUAAGACUUGUUAUUUUUGUAAGACUUGUUAUUUUUGUAAGACCUGUUAUUUUUGUAAGACUUGUUAUUUUUGUAAGACCUGUUAUUUUUGUAAGACUUGUUAUUUUUGUAAGACUUGUUAUUUUUGUAAGACCUGUUAUUUUUGUAAGACCUGUUAUUUUUGUAAGACCUGUUAUUUUUGUAAGACCUGUUAUUUUUGUAAGACCUGUUAUUUUUGUAAGACUUGUUAUUUUUGUAAGACCUGUUAUUUUUGUAAGACUUCUUAUUUUUGUAAGACCUGUUAUUUUUGUAAGACUUGUUAUUUUUGUAAGACCUGUUAUUAAGUGCCCUUAAUCUUAGUAGGCUACCUAUAAAAACCUUGCAAAAGUCGAGAAAACAAUUUAAUUUGAAUUUUGUAUUCUCAAAAUAUGACAAGAAAUUUAGUCAAGUGGGAAUUACUUUGGCGAUUCACAGACAUUAAGUUGAGAAAAUACAAACCAUAAGUUAAAGACGUCAUCUUUGAGGUUUCGUUUCAAAACCCACUUGAAAACGCAAAAACAAAAACAGAGUGUCUUGUACAUCAAACACGAUGUCCUCCCUUUCAUGGUUGAAUGGGUUUUUUUCUCUUUCAUAUAUUUGCUUUAUAUUUCCUAUUAAGACGAAAUAUUUGGGCUAAAUAUUUAACAUGUGAUCUUUAUUAUUUUUAAAACUGCAUGAGUCUAAUUAGGGGUCUGAGUGUAAGAACGGUUACACCCCCCCUGACUCUGAUCAUGGCUACUCUUGGCCCUCGACCUUGACCCCCUGUGUCCAGGCCUUGCCUCGACUUUAACCCUCUGUAUCCAUGCCCUGUCUCUAGCAUGAACCUUUGUAUCCAGGCCUUGCCUCGACCCUGACCCUCUGUUUACAGGCCCUGUCUCGACCUUGACCCUCUGUAUCCAGGCCUUGCCUCAACCUUGACCCUCUGUAUCCGGGCCUUGCCUCGACCUUGACCCUCUGUAUCCAGGCCUUGCCUCGACCUUGACCCACUGUAUCCAGGUCUCCCCUCGUGUCGAGAAUGAAUUUGGCGCAAUAAACAAAUGUCCCACCUCUACAUAAAGUAUUUUUAAAACAUUGAAUAAAAGAAUCUAUGACAUUUUGUAAUUAACCCAUUUGAAUCGCCCAUUAAGAUAUACAAAAGUAGUGUCAUCAGGGACGGAUCGCCCCGAUUCGCAUCUUUCUCCUACGCCAUGGUGAAGAAAUAAACCUUAUACUUUUGUCAAUAGUAUUGCAUUAUAGAAGAUAAGAUAAGAUUCUUUUAUUGAUCCAAACAAACGGAUUUUUUUUUAUUGCAUUGUACAUUUUCAGCACAUAAAUAAAACAAUACGAAUACAGUGUUUUUGUAUUAAACCAUUAUUCAUCAUCAGAUUCGUUUGAAAGAAGCAUUUUGAGAUGGCAGCAGGCCGCUGGGCUGUGCUCGGCCUGUGUCUCGUGACUCUGGUUACAGAUGUGACGUCGCAGCGGCGCUGUCAGGUGCCACAAUGGCCGGCGAGCCUGGGCGACAACCCUUUGGCGAGUAACUCUGGGAAAGUUGUCCUGGUGGCCCUGAUGAAGGGAUACUGUUCUUACUGUGUCAACCAGGCCACAAGGUGAGUCCAUCUGUCAUGACUUAGGCACCCAGCUGAGUUCACCUAUCAUAACUUAGGCCAUAAGGUGAGUUCAUCUAUCAUGACCCAGGUCACAAGGUGAGUUCAUCGAUCAUGACCCAGGUCACAAGGUGAGUCCACCUAUCAUGACCCAGGUCACAAGGUGAGUUCAUCUAUCAUGACCCAGGUCACAAGGUGAGUUCAUCUAUCAUGACCUAGGUCACAAGGUGAGUUCAUCUAUCAUGACCCAGGCCACAAGGUGAGUUCAUCUAUCAUGACCCAGGUCACAAGGUGAGUUCAUCUAUCAUGACCCAGGUCACAAGGUGAGUUCAUCUAUCAUAACCUAGGCCACAAGGUGAGUUCAUCUAUCAUGACCCAGAUCACAAGGUGAGUCCAUCUAUCAUGACCCAGGCCACAAGGUGAGUUCAUCUAUCAUGACCCAGGCCACAAGGUGGGUUCAUCUAUCAUGACCUAGGCCACAAGGUGAGUUCAUCUAUCAUGACCCAGAUCACAAGGUGAGUUCAUCUAUCAUGACCCAGGCCACAAGGUGAGUUCAUCUAUCAUGACCCAGGCCACAAGGUGAGUUCAUCUAUCAUGACCCAGAUCACAAGGUGAGUCCAUCUAUCAUGACCCAGGUCACAAGGUGAGUUCAUCUAUCAUGACCCAGGCCACAAGGUGAGUUCAUCUAUCAUGACCCAGGUCACAAGGUGAGUUCAUCUAUCAUGACCCAGGUCACAAGGUGAGUUCAUCUAUCAUGACCCAGGCCACAAGGUGAGUUCAUCUAUCAUGACCCAGGUCACAAGGUGAGUCCAUCUAUCAUGACCCAGGCCACAAGGUGAGUCCAUCCAUCAUGACCCAGGCCACAAGGUGAGUCCAUCCAUCAUGACCCAGGCCACAAGGUGAGUUCAUCCAUCAUGACCCAGGUCACAAGGUGAGUCCAUCUAUCAUGACCCAGGCCACAAGGUGAGUUCAUCUAUCAUGACCCAGGUCACAAGGUGAGUCCAUCUAUCAUGACCCAGGUCACAAGGUGAGUCCAUCUAUCAUGACCCAGGUCACAAGGUGAGUCCAUCUAUCAUGACCCAGGUCACAAGGUGAGUUCAUCUAUCAUGACCCAGGCCACAAGGUGAGUUCAUCUAUCAUGACCCAGGCCGCAAGGUGAGUUCAUCUAUCAUGACCCAGGUCACAAGGUGAGUCCAUCUAUCAUGACCCAGGUCACAAGGUGAGUUCAUCUAUCAUGACCCAGGCCACAAGGUGAGUCCAUCUAUCAUGACUUCAAUUUUGUUAACACUGAAGUUGUCCAACAGCUCACCAAAUCGUUUCAUUGGUUAUUUGUGCCCCUUAAAUUUAAUAUGUAGUAAAUUAUCAUCGGGGGGGGGGGGGCCAGAGGUCGAAGAAUUAUCGCCACAUAGGAAAUUCUCACUGAUGUAUUGAUGGCGUAACCAAUAAGGGAUCUGAGCAGUGGUGGACUAUAAGUGGUCAAGACUUAUCAAGUUUUCACUUACCGAGUGUUUACCCUAGUGUUUACCCUAGUCUUACAACUUGACCACAGUGUACCGACUAUUAUUUCCAUGUCCAGACUGGAGGCCUUGAAGAACAGACUAGCCAGCCAAGGGUUCAACGACAUCGCCAUGAUCAUCGUCAACGGUGGUGAGCCCAUCUCUCGAGAACGGAUUGCCAACCUGCAGCAGGCGACGACCAGCCUGCCCGUCAUCCAGGACACGGAACAGCACGUCAUGUUCCGUGACGUCUUCGCGGGGAACAAAGAUGAUUUCAUCGUUUAUGACAGGUAGGUUAGGGGGCGGGGAAAGAGGGGGGGGGGCUAAUCUGAUACAUGACUUCCACUAUGACAGGUAGGUUGGACAGGUUGGACACUAAACUUAUACAUGACUUGCACUCUGACUGAUAGGGUGGACAGGUUGGACACUAAUCUUAUACAUGACUUCCACUAUUACGGGUAGGUUGGUGGGGGGGGGGAAGGAGGGGGGGGGGCUAAUCUGAUACAUGACUUCCACUAUGACAGGUAGGUUGGACAGGUUGGACACUAAACUUAUACAUGACUUGCACUCUGACUGAUAGGUUGGACAGGUUGGACACUAAUCUUAUACAUGACUUCCACUAUUACAGGUAGGUUGGACAGGGGGGGGGGCGCGCUUAUGUUUUACAUGACUUCCACUAUGACAGGUAGGUUGGACAUGCAGGUGGAGGGGGGCACUAAUUUUAUACUUGACAUCAUCUGUGACAUGUAGGUGUGUUCUAACCUUAUACUUGACAUCAUCUGUGACAUGUAGGUGUGUUCUAAACGUACGCUUGACAUCAUCUAUGACAUGUAGGUGUGUUCUAAUAUUAUACUUGACAUCAUCUGUGACAUGUAGGUGUUUUCUAACCGUACACUUGACAUCAUCUAUGACAUGUAGAUGUGUUCUAACCUAAUACUUGACAUCAUCUAUGACAAGUAGGUGUGUUCUAAUCUUUCACUUGACAUCAUCUGUGACAUGCAGGUGUGCUCUAAACGUACACUUGAUAUCAUCUGUGACAUGCAGAUGUGUUCUAAUCGUAUACUUGACAUCAUCUGUGACAUGUAGGUGUGUUCUAACCUUACACUUGACAUCAUCUGUGACAUGUAAGUGUGUUCUAAUCGUAUACAUUUCUGUACGUAAACCAAUCCACUGACGGCGAUCACGUGACGGUCAUCUUGUACAUUUCCCAGGUGUGGUCAGCGAGCCGUGUUCAUCCCACAUCCUUACAGCUACCUGAGCCACGGCAUCACGGAGCGGGUCCUGAAGACGGUCUACCGUGGCGGCCACUCUUGCCACUGCAGCCUGGACAUCGUCAACGCCGUCAACCCCCUGGACCAAAUGCUCGGGGACCAGCCCGCUGGGGACCAACCUGCGGGAGAAAUCAACUGGGCUCCUCGUUACAAGUUUGACCUUUACUGUCCCGCCUCGGCCAAAAUGUGCCAGAAGUUUCAGGAGAAGUUCAGGAAAAACCGCUUGGAACGAGGACGGUUUCUAAGUGCGAGCCGUCACGGCCUCCGGAAGGGGCACCACGGCCACAAGCCCCAUGAUGCAAAGUUAGGGAAACACCACCCGCACCACAACCGGCAUGACGUGGCCGGGUCGAUGUGAGACUGCACCAAUGUCAGCCUGACCCCCGUCAUCCGAACCCCGACCCACCGGUGCCGGUGUCCCCAGAGGCUGUUCAGUGACCAGUGCGUGUGCACCCGACCCGUACUCGGCAGUGGCGGUGCCGUCUCGAGCUGGCACUGUGGCUGCGGUGACCCCUCUGAGGACACCCGGGCCCGGUGCGAGCAUUGUCACGUCUGUGACGACAGCCCGGAGUGUCAGGAUGUGGCAGUCAUGGCCGCGUGUCAAGAGCGGUGCAGGUGUCUUCGUCACAGGUCGAAGGCUCCACUCGGCGACAAGACGGUUUGAAAGUGACGAGACGCCGAUGGCGUCACGACAGACUGACAGACGAAGAAGGGUGACGUCACGAGACGUUGACAGGACGGUACAACCGUGACUUGACAGUGAUCUCCCCCAAGUAUUCCCUGACAGUGACAAGAUGGUAAUGGAAGGAGCUGACAGUGACAAAAUAAGUUGCUCAGGGGCUGACAAUAAAUGACGAGCCACACACACAUCCUACACACACUCCUAAGAUGCCAAGUAAAUGACUUGUCAUACACGUAUCUUACACACAAUCCUAAGAUCCCAAGUAAAUGACUUGUCAUACACGUAUCUUACACACAAUCCUAAGAUGCCAAGUAAAUGACUUGUCAUACACGCAUCCUACACACAAUCCUAAGAUGCCAAGUAAAUGUCUUGUCAUAUACGCAUCCUACACACAAUCCUAAGAUGUCAAGUAAAAGACUAGUCAUACACGCAUCUUACACACAAUCCUAAGAUGCCAAGUAAAGGACUAGUCGUACACACAUCCUACACACAAUUCUAAGAUGCCAAGUAAAGGACUUGUCGUACACACAAUCCUAAGAUGCCAAGUAAAGGACUAGUCAUACACACAUCCUACACACAAUCCUAAGAUGCCAAGUAAAGGACUAGUCAUACACACAUCCUACACACAAUCCUAAGAUGCCAAGUUAAGGACUCGUCAUACACACAUCUUACACAUGCAUGCUGGGAUGCCAUACUCAGAAAUAAUGCCAAAGUUUAAGAGUCAGAUUUCUUAUUCUGCUCCCCUCCCGCCCCUUUUUUUCCCCUUUAUGGUUUGAGUGUUAAAACUUAUUCACCGUGAUUCUCAAACAAAUAUUAAGUGGACACACUCCGACAGUACGAAACUUUGAUUUCAGCUGAGGAGUUUAUUCUUUAUACUGGAAAAUAGCCUGUAAAGAACCCAACACAAACUGACACGUGACAGCUCACCAACUGACAGAGCACCGGACCACCUCAAAAUACGUGACAGCUCACCAACUGACAGAGCACCGGACCACCUCCAAACACGUGACAGCUCACCGACUGACAGAGCACCGGACCCCCUCCAAAUACGUGACAGCUCACCGACUGACAGAGCACCGGACCACCUCCAAACACGUGUCAGCUCACCGACUGACAAAGCACCGGACCACCUCCAAACACGUGACAGCUCACCAACUGACAGAGCACCGUACCACCUCCAAACACGUGACAGCUCACCAACUGACAGAGCACCGGACCACCUCCAAACACGUGACAGAUCACCAACUGACAGAGCACCGGACCACCUCCAAACACGUGACAGCUCACCAACUGACAGAGCACCGGACCACCUCCAAAUACGUGACAGCUCACCAACUGACAGAGCACCGGACCACCUCCAAACACGUGACAGCUCACCGACUGACAGAGCACCGGACCACCUCCAAACACGUGACAGCUCACCGACUGACAGAGCACCGGACCACCUCCAAACACGUGACAGCUCACCGACUGACAGAGCACCGGACCACCUCCAAUUACGUGACAGCUCACCAACUGACAGAGCACCGGACCACCUCCAAAUACGUGACAGCUCACCAACUGACAGAGCACCGGACCACCUCCAAAUACGUGACAGCUGUCAACUGACAGAGCGCCGGAUCACCUCCAAAUACGUGACAGCUGCCAACUGACAGAGCACCGAAUCUUCUUCACCGACGUGACGGCUGCCAACUGACAUGGCACUGGCUUCUCGGGGUCCCGAGGUCCCAUGACGAUACCCGACAAAACCUUCAGGAGUCGGCUAUUUGAACCUACCCAAACCUGGUCCAUUCCCUGACCGCCAGUCUAUGUAGUAAACAUUGACAGCAUCACUUAGCUACACGCUGUCUGACUUUUCGCUGCACACGAAUCAACGCCUAGUUCUGUUCGAUGAUUUAUUUGAGAAUCGUCAAUUUUCAGGAUUUGGGUUCUCUAGCAUUAGUAAGAAAAUAACUCUACUUUAUUGUUUCACGUUUAAAAAGAUCAUGAUUGUGUAGUGAAAUGUCCAUGGCGUGUAGCUUGUCUUUUUCUAUUCAAUCAUGUUAUAAACCUUUAUGAUACGUUUUAUAAAUAGUAUACUUAACUUUAAUAACUAAAAAAUAUAAUGCAAGAAGUAUUAUCUAAAAUAUAUAAUGCAAGAAGUAUUAUCGAUCGUAUAGGUCAAUAGGCCUACUAACAGGUACAUUACUCAUCCUUUUUUUAAAUUCUGAGUUGUCAGCAUUUUUGUUGACGCCAAAACUAUAGUGUCAAAUCUUACAAGAUUUGCGCACCGGUAUUUGCUGCACAAUGUUUGAUUAAAGCUUGCACAGCGUGUCGUUUGAGUGCAUAUUCACAAUGAAUUUAAUAAAAAAAAUUAAAAUAUUUAGAGUUUGUCCUGCAUAAUGUUUUAUACUCUCUCAAAUUCUGUUAUUUUUAUUAGUACUGUUAUUUUUGUAAAGUUUACUUAAAAUUGGAGGUAUUGUGAAUAUUCCAAUAAAAUAUAUUUUUAUAAGAAAGAAAAAG